AUGACCACCCCGGUUCAAGAACUCCCUCGGUUAGAGUUCGAACCUCCAUCUCACCGAUCCUCCGACGACGAUGACAGUACUGCUGUGGGUCAGGAUAGACAAGACGGGUCCGUGGACAGCAGGCUACUCCGCGAACGCCUGAUAGUAGAAACAACUCGGGACCCGAAUACUCGCUAUGAUGACCCAAGACCGUCCCCUUCUCAAACCCGAGAGGAGGCCCACCGUCUAGAUGAUGAAAUCACGCUGCAGAGGGCCGAACGGCUCACCUCCAUGGAAUCUCAACAAUCAGAAGGAGGUCGAAACUCUACAAACCUGCAUCGAUCAAGGUCCAGAGCUCCAGAACCCCUCGAUGAGUUUGAUACCGCAACCAACCCCAUACAUGAACGCACAGCCAUCUACAAGCCGCCGGAGAAUCCUAGCACGAAGGUCGCCAAGUUCUUCAAAUAUAUCCACCAGUCGAGCUUCGUGAUCCGUUAUUUCACCUACAUCGUGCCGGUCACGCUGCUGCUGUUGAUCCCAGUGUUGAUAGGAGCCCUUCUCCCUGUUGCAAAGCAUGCGAGUGUUGGAGGGGUAAAGCUUCUUUGGUUUGGCGUCUGGCUCGAAAUCAUCUGGCUGACCUUGUGGGCUGGUCGGAUUGCUGCUAGACUUAUACCUUAUCCUCUCGGCCUCGUUGCUAGUUUGUUCACCAACAAUGCCAAAAAAUGGCGAGACUUGGGCAAAGCGCUGGAAAUCCCGGCCACGAUUUUCUUCUGGUGGCUUGGUAUCGAGAUAUCGUUCUUGCCAACAAUGACGAACCACCAUGUGAAUGGGCGCAAGCACACACAGCAUUGGGAAACUGUUCUCAACAAGAUCAUUGUCUCCGUCUUUGUGGGUGCUACUCUGAACUUCAUCGAGAAAAUCAUCAUCCAGCUCAUCGCCAUAUCGUUCCACUUGCGCACUUAUGCCGACCGUAUCGAAAUCAACAAGUUCCAGAUCGGCAGUCUCACCAAAUUGUACAUGUUCUCCAAAACCAAGAUCGCCAUGGAAGAUGCCGAAUUUGAGGAGAAACCAUCAGGGACUGCGUCAGGUGCUCGCACACCCGCCAAAUAUGCUGCUCAAGCUCAACAUGUCAUCAACAAAGCCUUUGCAAAAGUGGGUGACGUAGCCGGAACAGUUGCAGGCGAUUUCACUGGCAAGAGUAUUGCCAAAAGUGGUCAUCCAUCACAGGUUGUGUUAACUCUACUGAAUACCACAAAUGGCUCUCAAGUACUGGCUCGACGUCUGUACCGGACAUUCGUCCGCGAAGGCUGUGAGACGACCUCAUCAGAGGAUCUGAAGGCGGCGUUCGAUAACGAAGACGAGGCUGAUGCAGCUUUCAGCAUGUUUGACAAGGACAUGAAUGGCGAUAUCUCCAUGGAAGAGCUUGAGGCUGUCUGUGUGGAAAUUGGCCGAGAACGGAAAUCUAUCACUGCAUCCCUGAAAGAUUUGGAUUCAGUGGUCAGCAAACUGGAUGAUAUUUUGUUCAUCGUCGUCGCUGUUAUCACUAUUCUCGUCCUCAUCUCCCUCAUCUCCACUUCGGCCGCCGGCGUACUCACCUCUGCUGGCUCGGCUGUCCUGGCCCUGUCAUGGCUGUUUUCUGCAACUGCACAGGAGUUCCUUCAAUCAUGCAUCUUCGUCUUUGUCAAACACCCUUUUGAUGUCGGCGAUCGAGUCAGUAUCUACGGCAAUACCGGCUCUACACUAAAAGGGGACGACUAUUUCGUGAAGGAGAUCUCCCUCCUUUACACAGAGUUCAAGAAGAUGGAGGGACACAUUGUGCAGGCACCAAACUCCUACCUCAACACUCUCUUCAUCCUCAAUAUGAGGCGUUCUGGCGGUCUUGCUGAAGCGGUGCCAAUCGUGAUCAGAUUCGGCACAACUCUUGAACAAAUUGAAGGCUUGCGGAACGCUCUCCUCGAUUUUGUCAGAUCCGAGAAACGCGAGUACCAGGGUAACAUCUUGACCGAACUGCGCGAGGUUUGCGAAGCAUACUCUCUGACAUUGAACAUCGUGUUCUUCUACAAGUCAAACUGGCAAAACGAACUGCUGCGUCUGCAGCGAAGAAACAAAUUCAUCUGCGCCCUCAUGGUGGCAAUGCAAGAACUUGGCAUCGAGGGACCGCGGCGGAAUCAAGCUGGUUGGAGACCAGAGGUGCCAUACUACAUGCAAUUGCCUCCUGGUGCUCCACCUCUUGCCCAAUUUGGUGAUGUAACUGGCCCAGAUGGCGGUCAACCAGGCGAUGCAGUCCACCAGAUGCCUACCAGCGCACCUCCCUUGAGUCACCCCUCAAUUCUGCGACGUCGACCUAGCACCGGUCAGCUUGGUCGUCAUCGCGGCGAGUCUUUGUCCGCUAUGGCCAAACGUGUCGAUUUCUCUCUGGGAAUGAAGGAUGUUAGCUCAGGAGAGCAAUUAUCUGACGUGUAUGAGGACCGAAGGCGUCCAGAAUUCGACGAAAUCAUCCGAGAAUCCAACAGAGUGGAGGACGAACGGCGGGGCUCGGAAUCCCGAGAUCGCGAUGGUGCUGCCAGGUCUACUUCGCGAGAUCAACCCUCGCAUGGGAUGAGUGGAAUCUUGAGGAGGUCAACCACACAAAGCAUUGGUGGAAGCCGGCGCACUUCUUCUUCUGUUGCGCCUCACAGAGCUUCGAUCAGCAGUCAAGAGACUCACCGGAAUCGGUUCCUACAGCGGUAUAAUCGCACUGGACGAAGCAUCGACCUCCCCCGCGACUCUCUCGCCGAGGAGGGCAAUGCUCCCCCACUUUCACCCAUCGACGCGAGAUCCGGCAAUGUUAGUUCUCAAGCCAUCCGCCAGGAUUCCACGGCCUCUGGUCCACCUGAACCGUUCCCUGCCAUGGCUGCAGGAUUCAGUCACACGGAGGACUUUGAAUUGCGCAGGACUGGCUAG